AUGGCUGCGGCUGCCUUUCUUAAGACCUUGGUCCUUGCUUUCUUGCUGAUCCAAGGCGCUCAAAGCAAGGACCAUAGCAGUCAUAACUGCUGCCUUUUGACCGUGGAGGGAUGGGUUCCUAGGAACGAUUGGACAGAAGCGGUGUGCACUGAGCGCUAUGGGUCCGUGGCGAAUUUUGAUGGUGUUAAGUGCAUCCGAAAGCCCGGUAACGAAAUCAGUGGUGACGACUUUUUCGCCGCGUGUAAGCUGAAGGGAAGAUUAGACGGGUACGCACAGUGGGAGAGGGGAUCCGGGUACCGUGGCACUUGCUCUUGA